GCUUCAUUCAAAAUCCUGCCAUCCUGUGGACCUCAGUGAUAUGGCCGCUCCCAGCCAAUCGGUGUCAAACCCGAAAGGAUCAAAGAGGAGAUGAGCCAACCAUCUCUACUCCAAACACCCAUCCCGAGAUGGAGCUCCUCUUCAGCCUAUAUAUUUAGGAGGCGUUCAUGACUUCCUGAGAUAACUGCUCGUCUUCGUGGAGACACAAGAAGAGGGAAAAGAUUAAGUGUUUUUCAACUAGACCUGUGAUUACAACUACUUAGCCCUGGAGCUGUUGGACAGGAUGGCCACAGGCGCCGGCGAGUGCCCCGGGAAGGCCAGUCAGUACCGGGUGGACCACCUCCUCAGUGCGGUGGAGAGUGAGCUACAGGCCGGCAGCGAGAAGGGCGAUCCAACGGAGAAGGAACUGACAGUGUCCCUGGAUGAGAACGAACUUUGGCAAAAAUUUAAGAAUCUGACAAAUGAAAUGAUAGUUACAAAGAAUGGCAGGCGCAUGUUUCCCGUGCUGAAAGUGAACGUGUCUGGAUUGGACCCGAACGCCAUGUAUUCGUUUCUGCUGGACUUCGUAUCUGCAGACAACCACAGGUGGAAAUAUGUGAACGGGGAGUGGGUCCCAGGUGGGAAACCCGAGCCUCAAACACCCAGCUGCGUGUACAUCCACCCAGACUCUCCGAACUUCGGAGCGCACUGGAUGAAAGCUCCCGUCUCCUUCAGCAAAGUCAAGCUCACCAAUAAACUGAACGGAGGAGGUCAGAUAAUGUUAAAUUCCUUACACAAGUACGAGCCGCGCAUCCAUAUAGUGCGGGUUGGAGGCCCGAGAAGGAUGAUCACCAGCCAUUCCUUCCCAGAGACACAGUUCAUUGCAGUAACAGCAUAUCAAAACGAAGAGAUAACUGCUCUUAAAAUAAAGUACAAUCCUUUUGCCAAGGCUUUCCUCGAUGCAAAGGAAAGAAGUGAUAGCAAAGACAUAAGAGAAGAUGCCAAUGAAAACCAGCAGUCUACAUAUUCUCAAUUGGGUGGUUGGUUUAUUCCGGGCACAGGCUCUCUCUGCCCUCCUGCCAGUCCUCACAACCAGUUUGGGAAUCCUCUUUCCCUCUCGCCAUCCCAUGGCUGUGAACGCUAUACUACCCUGAGGAACCACCGCUCUGCCCCCUACACCAGUCCCUACGCCCAUCGGACCAACUCGCCCAUCAGUUACUCUGACAACUCGUCAGCCUGUCUGCCGAUGCUCUCAGGCCACGACAACUGGUCCAGCCUACAGAUACCAACACACUCCAGCAUGAUGCCCGUGGCCCACAGUUCCACCUCUGGUACCAACUCUAGUCAGUACACCAGCCUUUGGUCUGUGAAUAACUCGCCCCUGACUCCCGUGUCCCAGAAUGGGACAAACAACGGCCUUAGCUCCCAGUUCCUUCGAGGGUCCAGCAGCCACUACCCCAGCCUCUCUCACCCAGUCUCAGUGCCCUCUUCUGGCUCUCCCAUGUAUGACAGCAGCACAACCACAGAGGUGCAUGACGCAGCUCAAUACGACACCUCACCACAUGGGCGACUACCUUCAGCUUGGACUCCAGUGACACCUCCAUCCCUCUGAUGGAAAUAUCUCAGCAAACUUGGAAACAGACAGACUUGAAAUGCUGCUUUUAGGAUGUUUAAUCUGCUGUGACUUAAAAGGAGAAUCACCCUAAAUUAAAUCUUCACAGUGUUUGUUUUUAUUUUUAUUGUUCAUUUUUCUUUCGCGUUCAUCAAAUGUUUUUGUUCAGUAUAGCAGGAAAAACAUAUGUUUUAAUGUUUGUAACCAAAAUGUAUUUUACCCUGCUUAUAUUAAGCAUAACUCUAUGAUAUUCUCAGCAGUAAGCAAAAAUUGUAGAGUUGAAAAAUGUUAAAUGAUUUUUAACAUUGUUUAUUCUGUAAAUGAGAAAUAAUUGAGGUUUACCGUGUAAAUAGAUAAACAAAAUGAAAUGAAAAUGGGAUCUCAUGUCAAUACUCUGCUAUGCAGAUGAUACACAACUUUCCAUAUCAUUAAAAAAAAGACAUGAAGUCUUUCAAACGGCUGUUUUUGAGACCCCGACAUUACAUUUAUGUCAUGGAGAUGGUGGUAAUGUCUGAAUGUAUUUUACUAGCUGUUGCUCAUGGCACAUUAUACCGCUCUAUAUGUUGUUGUUUAAGUUGUCCAAAUUCAUCCAUACAGGCCACAGUUUCCUUUUCGUUUUCUAUAUGGUAGAAGAAGCGCCAUUGUGAAUCCACACUGAGAAAUCCCACGCAAGCACCACAUAAGAUUUAAUUCACUUAUAAACAGAACACAUUCAGUAUUGGGUUAUAGAAUAUCCUCCAGUGGGCAUUUUUUCACUUUUAAUGAUUGGUCCAGUGGAGAUCCCCAUCAGUGUGAGGGAUUGUUUAAUUUGAGAGGUAAUUUGAGUGAUAACAUUGAUCAUCAUUCCAAUUUCAUUAGCUGCUCAUGAUGAAAUUGCAAUCGAAUGUUUGUUAUAAAAUGACCAAACAAAUAGAUCAUAAUUAGAAACUGUACUUGAAGCUCAAAUGCUCUUGAUUUUCCAGCAACGUGCUGUUCAGUGGUUUAGUUUUUCAACAGAAACUGUUACUAUUUUUAUAUGGUGUUAAAAUGACGUUACCUUUAAAAUCUGCAGUAAAAGUGCUCAGCUCAUCUGCCUGCUCCCUUUUUGAAAGAGGAAUAGUAAAGAUGGAAUAUUUUACACACAUGGGUGAGGAAUUACAUCCACGUACAUCUGAAGGGCGGGUGACUGUUGGGAUGGCAUAGACUGCAUUUGGUUGCCAGGGUGAGAAACCCCAGUGAUCAACACUCAGCUA